ACAAUGAAACAUAAUUUUGCUUUUGACAACAUGGGCUAUGAGGAGAGCUCUGAAACCAUGCCCUCUCCACCCUCCCAAGAGCAUACUGUGGUAGUCAACAUUGUGGGAAUGACUUGCCAAUCAUGUGUGCAGUCGAUAGAAGGCCGAAUUUGCAAGGUGAAGGGCAUUUUGAGAAUUAAAGUCUCCCUUGAACAGAACAAUGCUGUUAUCAAGUAUCUGCAGUCGGAAAUAAACCCUGAACAGAUUUGCCAGGAAGUUCUGGAUAUGGGCUUUGACGCCAACAUAGCAGAAGAGAAGUUGACAGCAGCAACUGCAAAUUUGCCAAGCUUGAAAGAAGCAGUAGUUAAGCUGCGGGUAGAAGGCAUGACAUGCCAGUCCUGUGUCACCAACAUUGAAGGAAAGAUUAGGAAACUGCACGGUGUAGCAAAAAUCAAGGUGUCACUUGAUAACCAAGAAGCAAUUAUUGCUUACCACCCUUACAUCAUUCAGCCUGAUGACCUCAAGAGACACAUCAGUGACCUGGGGUAUGACUGCACCAUUAAAAGUAAAUCAGCCCCUUUGAAGCUGGGUGCCCUUGAUCUCCAGCGCUUGCAGAAUGCAAACCCCAGGGAGACAUCUGCAAGUCUCGAGAGUGAUGGGCUGGAUCUGCUGGUCCCUGAGAUGGGUAGCACAGCAACAGUGACUGUACAGAUAGAGGGCAUGCACUGCAAGUCCUGUGUCAGAAACAUUGAAGGAAAUAUAUCAGAUCUUCCUGGCAUAAGAAGUAUUAAAGUGUCUUUGGAGAAUAAAUGUGCUGUGGUAGAGUAUAGCCCAGAUUUAAUCACCUUGUCAGCUUUGCAGCAAGCUAUCGAAUCCCUUCCACCUGGAAACUUUAAAGUAAGCCUCCUUAGUGGUUCAGAAGCAAAUAAAGCAGCAUCUCCCUUGGGUGCUUUCACAUACAAUGUCAUCAGACAGCCACCACAAGGCACGACACAUACGGCUGUUAUUAAGAUUGAUGGUAUGACCUGCAAUUCUUGUGUGCAGUCCAUAGAAGGGGCCGUAUCCCAGAGGCAGGGAGUGCAGCACGUGGCAGUUUCUCUAGCUGGCAGUACUGGGACCAUACACUAUGAUCCAGCUGUCACUAGUGGAGAAGAGUUAAGAGCUGCCAUAGAAGACAUGGGAUUUGAUGCCUCUGUGCUGACAGAUACUGCCACUGGAGAACGCAGGUGCCAGCAUGAUGCCAGCAAAGCUGCUGUGCAGCCUCGAGCUCCAGAGCCUUCUUGCCAAGGCAAUGCCUCGGAUGUUCUUCCAGACAGUCCUCACUCAGAUGGGUCAAACCAGCUCAGUGGAGCCACGGAAGAAAAGUGUGUUUUACAGAUCACAGGCAUGACCUGUGCAUCGUGUGUGUCUACCAUUGAAAGAAAUUUGCAGAAAGAAGAUGGAAUUGUUUCAGUAUUGGUAGCACUGAUGGCAGGUAAAGCAGAGAUAAAAUACAAGCCAGAACUCAUACAGCCUCUUGAAAUAGCGCAGCUGAUCCAGAAUUUGGGUUUUGAAGCUACCAUCAUGGAAAAUAAUGCAGAAACAGAAGGGCAAGUGGAGCUUCUUAUCACAGGGAUGACUUGUGCUUCUUGUGUUCACAAUAUUGAAUCCAAACUCAUGAGAACAAAUGGCAUAGUCUCUGCCUCAGUUGCACUUGCAACUAGCAAAGCUCACAUCCAGUUCGAUCCUGAAAUUAUUGGACCGCGAGAUAUUAUAAAAGUAAUCAAGGAAAUUGGCUUUCAUGCUUCUGUGGCUAAAAGAGCUCCAAAUGCACAUAACCUGAGUCAUAAAAAGGAAAUACAGCAGUGGAGGAAAUCUUUCUUGUACAGCCUAGUGUUUGGUAUCCCAGUUGUAGUCAUAAUGAUUUAUAUGCAAAUACCCAAUGGUGAAGACCAUGGGUCUAAGGUGCUGGAACAGAACCUCAUUCCUGGAUUAUCUAUUUUGAAUCUUCUUUUCUUUAUCCUGUGCACUUUUGUUCAGUUCCUUGGUGGAUGGUAUUUUUAUGUACAAGCUUACAAGUCACUGAGGCACAAGAUGGCCAAUAUGGAUGUGCUCAUCGUGCUGGCCACGACGAUUGCUUAUCUGUAUUCCUGCGUGAUCCUGAUAGUAGCAAUCAUUGAAAAGGCAGAGAAAAGCCCUGUCACUUUCUUCGACACUCCUCCGAUGUUGUUUGUGUUCAUUGCGCUCGGCAGAUGGCUGGAACACAUAGCCAAGGGUAAGACCUCUGAAGCUCUUGCUAAACUUAUGUCUCUUCAAGCCACAGAAGCCACUGUGGUGACUCUUGGACCUGGCCACUCUAUUGUCAGGGAGGAGCAAGUACCUGUUGAACUGGUUCAAAGGGGUGAUAUUAUAAAAGUUGUUCCUGGUGGAAAGUUCCCAGUGGAUGGAAAGGUCAUUGACGGCAGUUCUAUGGCAGACGAGUCUCUCAUUACUGGGGAGCCUAUGCCAGUCAUUAAAAAGCCUGGGAGCACAGUGAUUGCUGGUUCUAUAAAUGCACAUGGCUCACUUCUUGUUAAUGCAACUCACGUUGGUAGUGAUACCACUUUGGCACAGAUUGUGAAGUUGGUGGAAGAAGCUCAAAUGUCAAAGGCACCCAUCCAGCAACUGGCAGAUAAAUUUAGUGGAUACUUUGUUCCAUUUAUCAUCAUCAUUUCAACUGUGACAUUGAUAGUAUGGAUCACAAUUGGUUUUGUAAAUUUUGAUAUUAUUAAAAAAUAUUUUCCUAAUCAGAGCAAAAACAUUUCAAAAGCUGAAAUAAUACUGAGGUUUGCAUUUCAAACCUCAAUCACUGUGCUGAGCAUUGCAUGCCCUUGCUCUUUAGGCCUGGCUACCCCCACAGCUGUAAUGGUGGGCACAGGAGUGGCUGCGCAGAAUGGUAUUCUCAUCAAAGGUGGAAAACCCCUGGAAAUGGCACAUCAGAUCAAGACUGUGAUGUUUGAUAAAACUGGGACCAUCACCUAUGGAGUUCCUAAAGUCAUGAGGGUGCUUUUGAUGGGAGACACAGCUGUGCUCCCCCUGAAGAAGAUACUGGCUGUUGUUGGUACAGCAGAAGCCAGCAGCGAACAUCCUUUAGGAAUGGCCGUCACUAAAUACUGCAAAGAGGAGCUUGGCACUGAGAGGCUGGGAUACUGCACUGACUUCCAGGCAGUCCCAGGCUGUGGUAUCAGCUGCAAGGUCGGAGGGGUUGAGGCCAUCCUUGGCACAGCUGAGGAAGGUCCCAAUAAGCUGGAUGCUAACAGGAGUGGGGACAGCAAAACAAUGCCAGCUGACAAAGGCAAACAUGAGCAAAAAUACUCAGUGUUGAUCGGAAAUCGUGAGUGGAUGCGACGCAAUGGCUUGAAUAUUGCAAAUGAUGUAAAUGAUGCAAUGACAAACCAUGAAAUGAAAGGACAGACUGCCAUACUAGUGGCUAUAGAUGGUGUGUUGUGUGGAAUGAUCGCAGUAGCAGACACUGUCAAGCAGGAGGCAGCCCUUGCUGUGCACACACUGCAGAGCAUGGGAAUAGACGUGGUACUCAUAACAGGGGACAACAGGAAAACUGCAAAAGCCAUUGCUACUCAGGUUGGGAUCAAAAAAGUCUUUGCAGAAGUUCUUCCUUCUCACAAGGUUGCAAAGGUCCAGGAGCUCCAAAACGGAAAGAAGAAGGUUGCAAUGGUUGGUGAUGGAGUCAACGAUUCCCCUGCACUAGCCAGGGCCGAUGUUGGAAUUGCAAUUGGAACGGGCACUGAUGUUGCCAUUGAAGCUGCAGAUGUUGUUCUUAUCCGAAAUGAUUUGCUGGAUGUAGUUGCCAGUAUUCACUUAUCCAAGAGAACAGUUCGAAGAAUACGAAUAAAUCUGAUUCUUGCCUUAAUUUAUAAUCUGCUUGGAAUACCCAUAGCAGCAGGUGUGUUCAUGCCUGUUGGCCUCGUGCUUCAGCCUUGGAUGGGAUCAGCUGCAAUGGCAGCUUCUUCUGUGUCUGUCCUGCUGUCUUCACUGCAGCUGAAAUGUUACAAGAAGCCAGACACAGAAAGUUACGAAGCACAAGCCCAAGGCCGCAUGAAGCCACUCACUCCUUCUCAAAUCAGUGUGCACAUUGGAAUGGAUGAUAGGAGGAGGGAUUCUUCCAAACCAUCUCCUUGGGAUCAGACAAGCCAAGUGUCCCUCUCUUCUUUGGCUUCAGACAGGCUGCCGAGACACAAUGGUUUCAUUCAGGAGGAAGCGGGCAAGUGGUCAUUGCUCAUAAAUGGAGCAGAUGAAGAGCAGUACAUCUGAAGCACUGGACUCAGUACAGGGGGAAAUGUUCCUCCUCCCCAGUCAGGGGAGAGACUGACUUAUUUCAUCAACAGCUUCAGUGUUGUAAGUGAAGUAUUCCUUCAGCUCAUAAGACAAUCACAACUCAGCUCAGUGUUGGGUUGUAUGGAUUGUGGAUUUUUUUCAGGUCACCAGUUAUUUCUAGUUAUGGAAAUAAUCUGUGCCACUAUAAUGAACUGGCUUGUUUGCACACAGCAUUUAGUGAAAUAAUGUAAAAUUGUAAUUUUCAGACUCUAAAAGAGUUUCUCUGUGACUUUUUGCUAGGAACCAAAUUUCAUACUUUUCACUCUUUUAAACUUUAUUACUUCAAGACCACAUGAAGCAAGAGUAUUUUCAGAGCUGCCAAAUAUUAAUUUGUGUCUAAAUGAAAUUAGCAAUGGCAUAAGGAGCUCUGUGGUCAGAAGCUGAAUUUUUACACAGAAUCCUAACUAGUCAUGUCACUGUGAGAACACUUUGUAUUUAGGAUUCAUGGCAUCUCCUGGGACCAAAAAUGCUUUGUUGUUUCACCUGCUAUAACUCUCUGAAAGGUCUUUUUCAAAGAUUUUCACUUGCUUUGAAGGAUUGCAUCCUUUUGAUGCACAUUUCUACUGCUCUCUUUGCUUUUCUGUUUUGCUCCAUAUGAGCCCUUCCCCCCUUUUUCUUGCACAAGAGAUCUUCUAUGAUUUAUCAUUAUGUUUACAGAUAUUGCUGUUUGGGACAAACUCCUUUAAGUCACCAGAAACCAUUCCAUUCCAGUUGAAAUCAUAAAGGCAGAACAGUUCCUGGUCCCAGUUAUCCAAGAUACCUUGCUGGACCCCAGGGAGCUCCUUAGAGUUGGGCAGUUGCCUGUCUCUUUCCUCUGACAGAGAGAAGAAUUUAUGCCAGUGUGAGCAAAGGUGGUAUUUACCUUGGUAUGACUGAGCAGAACUAGCACUGGUGUGACUCCAGCGUAGCUGAACAGAGUGACAUUAUUGCAUAACUUAACCCCAGCUUGCUGGUUGCUUAAAAUGAAGCUAAAAAUUUAAAUUAUAAAGGUGGAAAAAUGGCCUUAAAGUGGGCUUCUAUUUGCCAUCAUAUGAAUAAAUGACAGGACCUGAACUAAGAAAAUUUGUAAUUUAAAUUUGUAUUUCUGUUUUGCAUUGGUUUUAGUUCCCCUCUUUACUUCAGUGAGAAAUCAAAGUACUGGACAACUGUUUUUUUUACUUUAAAAUCUUUACCAAAUCUUGCAGUAACUUCAUCUCUGUGGAUGUCAGAUUCACCUCUUAACACUUUUUAGAGUAAGGAUAGUAGGAAUCAACAGCUUUGGUGCACUGGAUCCAGUUCCAGAGUGCUGUGUUGUCCAGCUGUGGGACCCUGAUGUAAGCAGAGUUUUAUAGUCAAAUUUAGAAACUGAAAGAAGAGGAAAUACUUUGCUAAACAACAUGAAAUAACUACUUCUUUUCAUUGACUGAAAUAUAGAGCUGUUUCUAACACGGGUUCAAAUCCUGCUUCUGCUAAUGUAAAAAUGAAAAACAAGUCAGAGAGGAAAAGAAUUGUUCUUAAAGCAUUGGAUGGGUCUUCCUAUUUUCUCAGAAUUGUCUUAAAUAUAAUUACAAAUCAGUUUUAAAACUCUAUAUAAGUAGAGAUUACUUUCACAGCACACACGCUUUUCAAACAUGCCAAAGGUGCAUGUCCCUGUGGGAAAGAGGGUCUGAAGUUUUACUAUUCUGCAUUUUCUUACCAGUCCUUACAGUAAAGAUAUACUUUGUUUUUGUUUUUUUUUUUUUCUUUUUAAUCAAACAAAUGACUAUGUGUCUUUUUCUUUUUUUAUUGAGGCGUUCAGAAUAAAAAGAGUAUAAACAGA